GUACAACAACUUUGCUGUUUGGUAUUUUUUUUCUUUCCCUUUUCUGACUAUCUACUUCUUCUUCCUACUAAAAAAAAUACUUGCAUUCUUUUCUAACGACACCCGGAAGCUCCACAUCACCACCACCACAACCACCACCACAACCACCACCACCACCACUACCACUAUUCACUCACCACCUUCUCUUCAAAUUCAACUUCGAGUUGAACCUGCAUUCUUUCACUUCUUCCCUUUCUUCUCCCCUCCCCCUCCCCCUCCUCCUUCCCCCUUCCCCCUUCACCUUCCCCAGCCUCUCCCUGGUCUGUUCAGUCUGACCAGGAAGAUGGUUUCAUGUGUCGCCUGCGCUUCCAAUAACCGUCCUUGCUGAUCCUCCUCUCCCUCCUCCUGCUGCUGCUGCUCCUCGAACUCCCCAAUCGACCUUUCCCCCCUCUUUCCCCCUAAUCAUGUCGCUUUCGCCAACGUCUUCCUCCCUCUCUCCUACACGUCCUACAUCCUCUGUACCACCUUUUUCGCCUUCUUCUUCUUCUUCUGCUGCUGCCUCCCCCCAGCCCACUCAAGCCCAAUUGACUCUCGCUGCUUUGGCACGAUCUCCGUCACAACCCCGGACUAUGCGAGGCUUGCGCAAGAUCAAGUCCCAUCAGAUUCUCUCCUCCCAUCCACCUCCGCCUCCCUCAUCCGGACGUCUCUCGGCUGGCGCGGAGGAGCUUCCCGCGCCCGGACCCCAACUCGAUUCCCCCGUGCGGCUUCGCAGCACACAUCGCCGUGCACGUUCGAACAGUGAUGCCUCCUCUCGGGAGCCUCCCAUUCUCACCGCGCACCGAAGACCCGGUAGAAAGACCGGGUCCGGAUUUGGAGUCAAGCGGUCGUUGCUUGAGUCGCUCUUGCGCGACGGUCCGCAAAAUGGGAACGUCCGAGAAGGACUAGAGGAGCUGCGUUAUCUUGUCCUCUCGACGCGUGUCGAAGCAGACGCAGAUGGCAUGUCUACCUACCGAGUUUAUCUCUGGCUUGUUCUCCUCGAUACGCCGCCCGUAUCGACCGACGAAUACCUGUCACUUAUCCACCGAGGCCGUUCCCCCGCCUACGCUAAGAUUCGCAAUGAUACUUUCCGCACCCUAGCCACCGAUCCCCUUUUCAAACGCCGCGUCACAGAAGCCAGUCUGAUCCGACUCCUUAAUGCUGUUGCGUGGAAGCUUCACGAUGCGAAGAGCAAGCGUCGCGCCCGUCCGCGACUUUCGACCGGUCGUCGGCGUGAGAUGGAGCUCCUUAUCAAUACGCCCCCAAGCAUAGCAGAAGAGCCCUCCCCGGUUGGAAGUACUCCCGGGAGUGUGAUCAGCAACAGCACCAGCAGCGCUUUCGGUAGCCCUGGCGUCACAAACGAAUCCGCUAUUUACGUGCAAGGAAUGAAUGUACUCUGCGCUCCGUUUCUAUAUGCCGCCCGCAGUGAAGUGGAGGCUUUCGCAUUAUUUCACUCUUUCAUCCUCCGUGAAUGUCCGGGCUACAUUCGAGGAGCCAUGGAUGGCGUCCACCGGGGUCUGCGACUUGUCGAUCGAUGUUUGGAGAUCGUUGAGCCCAAAUUAGCAGCCUACCUCUUCUCCAAGGGCUUGCAAGCCGAGUUGUAUGCAUUCCCCUCCGUGUUGACCCUGUGCGCGUGCACGCCGCCCCUACCGGAGGUUCUGCAUCUCUGGGACUUCCUAUUCGCGUACGGGCCACAUCUGAAUAUUCUAUGCAUCGUUGCGCAAUUGAUCCGCAUGAGAGAUUUGAUUCUCGAGAGUCCAAGGUAUGUUUGUUGAUCAUGACCUCAUCAUAACAUCACAUCUUGAGACACCACAACACGAGCGGGAAAAAAGAACUCACCGUAAACCAAUGAAACACAUCAUUUCCCUAUGCCCCCUUACCUGAUAAGACCCAUCGAGCUAAUCCAGAUCACCCACAUGACAGUCCUAACAAAAUCCUCCGCUCCUUUCCUCCUCUCG